GAGCACCUUAAGCACUGGCUGUAUUACCUCCAUCCUAUUUUGAUGCGACAGCAGUCGGACUACAGUGUGUAUGUCAUCAACCAGGAUGGAGAGGGAGUGUUUAACCGGGCGAAACUGAUGAACGCAGGCUACGCUGAAGCACUGAAGGAAUAUGAUUUUGAGUGCUUUGUCUUCUCUGACGUAGAUCUGGUUCCUAUGGAUGACCGUAACCUCUACAGAUGUUUUGACAGUCCCAGACACUUGGCUUUGGCUAUGGACAAAUUCAACUUCCACUUACCCUAUGACCACUACUUUGGUGGGGUUAUUGCAUUGUCCAAGGAGCAGUUCUUGAAGAUUAAUGGCUUCCCAAACACUUACUGGGGCUGGGGUGGUGAGGACGACGAUAUGUAUAAGCGAAUUAUCCUCCGUGGAAUGUCCAUUUCUCGACCUGACAUGGUGACAGGAAAGUACAGGAUGGUCAAACAUAAGAGAGACCUGCACAAUGAAGCUAACCCAAAGAAUCCUGACAAGCUGCACCAAACCCAUUUGACCAUGAAUGAAGAUGGGAUUAAUUCCUUAAAGUAUACAGUCAAGGAGAUUGUGAGGGAUAAACUGUUCACUUAUAUCAAUGUGGAUAUUCAUGCUCCACCAAGCUGA